GGGUUAGGGUUCCGUUAUAUUCGUGGAGCCGCCUCAUCUUCGGGCAACUGCCUCCCCCUUCGCUCCCUCGCUCCUCCUGCAGAGUGUGCAAGUCGGAGAUCGCGACGACUCUUCUGCAGCCAUGGUGAAGUACUCGAGAGAGCCUUCCAAUCCUACCAAGUCCGCCAAAGCCAUGGGUCGGGACAUGAGGGUUCACUUCAAGAAUACCCGUGAGACAGCUCAUGCCAUUAGAAAGCUGCCUUUGUCAAAGGCCAAAAGAUACCUUGAAGAUGUAAUUGCUCACAAGCAGGCUAUUCCCUUCCGAAGGUUUUGUGGUGGUGUAGGACGCACAGCUCAAGCGAAGGGCCGGCACCCAAAUGGGCAGGGCCGGUGGCCUCUGAAAUCAGCCAGAUUCAUAUUGGAUCUGCUCAAGAAUGCUGAAAGCAACGCUGAAGUGAAAGGUUUGGAUGUUGAUGCACUCUUCAUAUCACACAUCCAAGUGAACCAAGCGCAAAGGCAGAGGCGCAGGACUUACCGUGCUCAUGGGCGAAUCAACCCUUAUAUGUCCUCCCCCUGUCAUAUUGAACUGAUUUUGUCAGAAAAGGAAGAGCCCGUUAAGAAAGAGCCGGAGACCCAGAUUGCUCCCAGUAAGCCCAAGAAAGCUCAAGCAAUUAGAAGUGGGGCUUCUUCUUAGGCGGCAGCAGUAGUUGCAUUUUUCAAGAAGAUAUCCACCCGUUUCUAAUUAGCAGGUUUCAUUGUGGUAUCAAACAUAUCUUCAUGAGCUCUAUGCACUUUAUAAACUCUAUUACAGUUGCUUUAUUUAAUGGAGUUCUGAAGGAUUUGAUGGACCCAA